UUUAUACCUGUGUGGAGGAGAAGCACUGAGUGAAGGGCAGAAAACAAGAAAACAGAAAUGCCCUGCACUUGGAGAACUUCUGAUCUACAGCUGCUACUGAUUUUGACUGUCUUCUUAGUGCCUGAGUGCAUAAAUACAGGAGUGGAAGGUCCUGUCAUAGUAAGCAACUCAACUCAGCAAAUGGGCAAUUACAGUUUGGCUUCAUGUAUGGAUGACAAGCAAAAUGAUUCAAAACUUCUUCCAGAAGUUAACAUUUCCCUGCAUGUACUGGUGGGUACAAAGGCUGUGCUCUCUUGCCCUGAAAUCCUGCUGGACAACGUUUUGGUAACAACAUGGGAAAUAAUCCUCAGACACAAGCCUCUCUCCAUCAAAGCCUACAGGAGUGACCUAAAUGAGACCACGGAAGUAAACAGUACCGACAAGAGAAUAACCUGGGCCUUCAGACCUGACCAGAAUCCUGCCCUUCUAAUUUAUCCAGUGGCCCUCACUCAUGAUGGGUAUUACAGGUGUCAAAUGGCAACACCCAAUGGUAAUUUCCAUCGUGGAUAUAACCUCCAAGUGUUAGUGGCCCCUGAGGUGACUCUGUUUCGAAGAGAGAAUGGAACGACGGAGUGCAAGGCAGUUGCAGGAAAGCCAGCUGCUGAGAUCUUCUGGAUCCCAGAGGGCAACUGUGUUCCUCAUAAAAAAAACUGGGACAACGACACAGAGACUGUGUGGAGUACAUGCUACUGGGAAGAUAGCAAUGUCUCUACUGUGUUCUGCUUUGUCUCCCAUCAGACUGGCAACAAGAGUCUGUCCGUAGAGCUGAGUGAAGGUGCCUCCAAACCACAAAACAUAAGAAUGCUAUGUAUCAUUCUCUCUGUUUUUAUUAUCUUGGUCAUCAUGGGAUCCAUUUGGCUUUUGAAAAUCAGUGGCUGCAGAAAAUGUAAAUUGAAAAAAACAGAAGGUACUCCAGCUGAAGAGGAUGAAAUGCAGCCCUAUGCCAGCUACACGGAGAAGAAAAACCCACUCUAUGAUACUACAAACAGGGUGAAGACAUCUCAUGUGUUACAAAGUGAAGUUGAUGGGACAGGUCUCCAUGCUUUUUAUGUUACUGGACUCUAGCACUGGGAGAAAUGAAUCAAAAGACAGUACAGUUGCUGUUUUGAUUUUCUUAGAGUUCUAGAAAAGACCUAUUUUGAAAUUAUUUUCAAAGAUUCUUAGAAGACAGACGCAUUCUAAAGGAUUUGCAUUCAUAUUCUUACACAAUUGAAAUUUUAGAACAUUAGCUGCUACCAGCUAGUUCUCUGAAGAACUGAUAUAAUUACAAAGAAAGCACAUGCUCAUGACAAAAUAUUCAAGUUGUUCAGUACAGUAGAUAAUAAAAAAUGAGUUUCCUCAAGAAAUAACUGCAGAAGGAACAAUUAUCAAACUUUUUAUGUAUUCUUUCAGAAAAUUUCUAUGUGCAUAUGACAGAUCUAUGUAUGCCUACAGUAUAUGUGUACAUUUAUAUGUCUAAUUACAUAUAAAUACACAAAUGGGAACAUGCUAUAAUACUGUUCUGUGCUUACAGAAAGCUAAUAAUACAAUAUGUCUUAAAGGUCUUUUAUCUUUUAUCAACACAGAGCUACCUCAUUCUUUUUAUUGGCUACAUAAAAUUUCAUUGUAUGGUUGUGUCGUAAUUUAAGUAACCACAACUCUAGUGAUGGACAGUUAGAUUGUUUUAAGUUUUGUUUAUUUGCUUGUUUUGCUAUUACAAACAAUACCAUAUAGAAUGUUUGUUGUGGAUAUGUCUCUGUAUUUGUUUAAGUAUAUUUAUGGAGAAAUUUCCUUGUAUGGAAGUGCCAGGUCAAAGGGUUUGUGCAUUUUUGGUAUUGAUUGUUAUGUCAAAUUGUAUCAAUUUACAUUCCUUGCAACUGUGUUUAAAUGUGCCUUUCCCUAUACUGUUAUUUUAAUAUCUGUAAGAUUCCCACUUCUUAUUUUUAAUCAACUUUUUAACUAAUAUGAUAUAAAAUUAUAAUAAGAAUUAUACUAUUUAAUAAACCAAAUUUUUAUCUUUAAAAUAGCUUUUAGUCUAUUUGGAUGUAAAACUAAUACAGUGACAUUUGGCACAGGAUAUUUGACCAAAUUAUUUUGAUACCAUUUUGAGUUGGCCAAAAAACCAAUCCAUUUAGUUACCCAUAUAAAUAUUACCAAGUGGUGUGUGCAAUAGACAUCAUAACCCAGUUCUUGACCUUUUCUUAAUUUUUCAACCAUCCCUAGUUGAGAUGAGGCUCACAGUAAGCUAGUUAGCUAGUUUCAAGAAUAUCUGUUUAAAUAUUACUGAAAAACAAAACAAAACUGUAUUUACAUCUAACUUGAUAAUGUCAAAAUAGCCAUGUCAAAUGACACCAUAGAAAAUACUUUAAGAUGGUUUUUUAAAUGCUAAAUUAUAUUGUACAGGAAAAAAAUGUAUUAAAAGCUUCUACUACAGGGAUGCUAAAUGUGGUUAAACAUCAGAAUCAUGUAAGGAAAUAAAAAAUUACAGUAGUCCUCUUUAUCCAUGAGGGAUAUGUUCCAAGACCUCCAGUGGAUGACUGAAGCUGCGGCUAGUAGUGAACCCCAUAUAUGCUGUGUUUCUUUCCUAUACAUAUACAGUAAAAUCUUGGAUUGCGAGUAACGUGGUUUGUGAGUGUUCCACAAGACAA